AUGCCUGCCUCAAUAACCGCCCGCAGCACUGUGUCCGAAGAUGUGAUCAGCCUAGCCAGCACCAUGCCUCGCUUGACAGCCAUGUCCAUAGUCUCGAGUCCAGCUGAGAACCAUGCAGCACGGAAUUCGACUUGGAAAUCCACCGUCAUCGUGGCCGCCUCCUUUGUCAUCAUCUUCACCUGCUGUGGUCUCAAUUUCGCAUGGGGUGUUUAUCAAGCCCUGUAUGAGAGCCUGGCACGGAGGCCCGGAACACCUUUUACCGGAGCAUCGCCGGCAGAGAUCGACCUGAUUGGUACCAUCUCGGUGUCCCUGAUGACCAUCGGAGGGCCUUUUGCGGUCGCUUGGGCAAAGCGCUUCUCGCCUCGUGUGGUCUCCUUUGCGGGCGGCUUUGUCUUCGGGCUUUCUCUCAUUCUGGCCAGCUUCGGCACGAAGUUGUGGCAUUUCGAGCUGACGCAAGGGCUGCUGAACGGCAUUGGUACCUGCCUGUGCUACAUGAUACCAGUCACCAUUGCCCCCACGUGGUUUACCCAUCACCGAGGCCUAGCUAUGGGCAUCAUCUUAUCAGGCACUGGUGUGGGUGGUCUGGUGUGGGCGCCCGCGUUGACUGCGUGCGUUAACGCCCUCGGAUUUCGCAACACUCUGCGCUUGACUGGUGGUCUGUCGUUCGCGCUGGUCGCGGUCGCUAGCGGUGCAAUGGCCUGGGAGCCAGCCAGCCAGCGUCGUAUCGCAAUCGAAAAUGCCUCGAGAACCAGUCGUGUGGAUGGUAUUCUCAAUGUGCCACUGGUGGACUGGCGUGUUGCCCGGACGCGUCGCUUCAUGGCACAGGCACUAGGCGCGAUAUUCCAGGCGGCUGCAUAUUACACCCCGGUCUUCUUCUAUGCCUCAUACGCCCAAUCCCUUGGAUACAGUACCACAGCCAGCUCCAACUUUAUUGCCCUUAGUAAUGCUUGUAACGCAGUGGGCAAGAUCAUCAUCGGCCAUGUCGCGGAUCGCCUUGGUCGGUUAAAUGCUCUUCUGCUCACCACUUGUCUCAGUGCCAUCGCUACCGUUGCCUUCUGGUUACCAUCCACUUUGACCGGUCAGACGACGCAGUCGCAGGGUCUAUUUAUCACGUUCACCAUUCUCUAUGGCACCUUCGCCAGUGCGUAUGUAUCACUCUUCCCGACCAGUCUUGUCGAGCUGUUCGGGGUACAGAAUUUUGCCUCCGUCAACGGUGUUUUGUACAUGGUUCGUGGCAUGGCCACCAUGGUCGGUACCCCGGUUGGUGGUGUCUUGGUCAGAAGUGCGGCCAAUGCCCUCACCCCGAAGGCGUACGAGAACAUGUCGGUACUGGUCAGUGGCCUGCUGUUUGCUGCCACAGCUGCAAUAGUCUGGGUGCGCUUGGAGGCAAUGAUUGGGCCCGAUGGACAUCUGCUCUGGAAAUGGCGACAGUAG